AGAGCGCGCGUUGCCAUAGCGACAAGGGAACCUUUCCGUGAAAGGGGGAUACAUUCUUGAAAAUUCAAUAUUCUCUAAGCAUGCGCAGAAAUUCAGUUUCCGUUGAAGAUGGAAUUGUUCGUCCCGAAACUGAGCAGACUCUAGCUUCACGAAAAAAUAAGCCAGAGAAGCUAUUUCUUCGAUCAGCAUCAGUUGGAUUGGCUCCAGGAGAUGGAGAACAAUCACCAUCACCAGGUCCUUUUACAAAAGAUGAAAAGGAUAAGAAACAGAAUAGAAGAGAAUCAAUAAAAGAACAUUUGAUGAAAUUUAAAGCAAAAGCUGGAAAGAUUCUCGAGGAAAAGCAAAGUGUGAAGCCGAUAAAUGAAGAAUCACAGAAUAGCAUGUCGUUUUUGUCGCAAACGUCUGAAGGUGAACAAAAAGAAGAACUUUCGGUUGGAGUUGUUGAUGAACAAGCCAGUGAAUCAUCAAUUCAGCAAGAAGCUCGAAAAGAAUCAAAAGAACAAUUGAGAAAUAGAAUUCGAAAAAGUGCUCAAAAAGCUGUGGAAAGAACACGUGGAAAUGUGCAAUUAAACAGAAGAUUAGCCAGAAGACCUACUGUAGUUAUGGAAGAACAUCUUGAUGAAAAUGAUUUAUUUGCAAUUGAUGAACAAGUUGAGAGAACAAUUAAAAUGGGCGAAAAGUAUUUAGUUGCAAAUGAAACAACUAAUGCUGCCGAACGAGAUAUUGAAGAAUUCUUCGAGACAAAACCCAAGGAAUCAGAUGAACAGAAAAAGGAAGAACCAAGAAAAGUGAUUUAUGGAAGAGUAGAAGAAGUUAAAUAUCAGCAUGAUUUAUUAGUUAAAUAUGUUCUUCGUGAUAGUAACAUUGUUGCUGGUGAAAUUGUCCCAAAAGAAGUUCGCAGACAGGCCACGAUAUUGCCAACUAGAGUAGAAUACAGUGAAGAUUCUGUUAGUUUGUACACUGCUCCAGAAGUUAUGGAUAAUGUUAUCAGUCAAACUAGAAAUCGAAGAUACGUACAACUAGACGUGUUCAUAGACUCCGUACAUUUCGAUCAUCAUUAUUUGUGGUCUGAUGAGGAAGUUACGGCUGCAGAAUUGAGAAAUGAAUUUAUGGUUCAAUUAUUAAGAGUUCAUGAAAUUGCACAACUCGAACGGCAUCAUCUUGACGUGGAUCGUCAGCCAAGAAUGAAAGAACAAGUUCGUAAAGGUCGUCUGGAAUUGGAACGACUUGGAGAUGUACUGAAUGAGACACGGAAAAGUCAAGGAUAUACUGCAACUACAGCAUUCUUUACUCCUGCUAAAAGUCCAUGGGAGAUCGAAGAUUGGGCAUCCUAUGGUUCUGUUAAUAAGUCUGCAAAACUAUCGCCAAUUGGAAAAAUACCAAAAACGUCAAGAGAACGAAUAGCGUUGAUGAGAAGAACGAAUGUUCAAAUGGUUCUUUAUUUUAAUGAUAUGGAAGUUAGCAGAACUGCAUGGAUUCCAUUGAGUUGUGAUGUGAUGACGGCUGUGAAACGAUUUGAAAUGGAAUUAUAUUCUCCAAUGAAAUCAUUGGAAUUAAUGGUUUUGGAACAAUGUAAUGGAAAAAUAAGAGUUUUAGGGAAAGGAAGAAUUCCAUUGCCAUCUGAAGAUGAUCUAGAAAUUGCACUUCAUGAGGUGGUUUUUGAAAAUGAUUCAUUUAUGAAACCAGUUGCCGGAAGUCUAGGUUCUGACUCACAAAGAAAAGAAACUGGAAGAAUUUUAUGCAGAGCAAUGCUUGAAGAUGGAGAAUUAAAAAUAGCUGAUGACAGAUUGUUGGCAGAAUCAAUGCAAGAACGACGAAAACAAACAUUUGAAUUAAUACCUUCUGAAUUAGUUCUAGGAAAUUUGAAUCAAGAAGAUGAUAAGAAACGACUAGAAGAACUCCGCGAGGAAGAUCGUGCUCAGAAGCGUUUUGCAUAUCGAAGUGCAAUUGAUUCUAGAAGAAUAUCUGCUCUUCAGUUCGCAAAUCUAGCAAGGAAACGAGUAAUGGACAGAAGACAAAGGAAAGAAAGAAAAUAUGAGGAAAUCGUGAGAGAAGAAUCAAUUCCAACACUUUCAGUCGCUUUUUCUCAACUCUUUGGACCUGCUGAUGUUUCUAGAAGAUUAAAGCCAAUGAGGAAAGACGAACGAGCUCGAGAAGAAGGAUGGGACAAUACAAUAAUCGUGAAUAUUCAAUCAGCAAUUAAUUUGCCUGUCAGAACUUCAGGACAAGUUCAACCAUUUGUAAUCGUCAGUUAUUCUGGAAAACGAAUAAAUACUGAUGUGGCAGUGGGUAGGCAUCCAAAUUGGCAGUUCACUGGAAAAUUAACCAUUUCAAAAGAGGAUAGAGAACAUGAAUUUAUUGAGAUUAAAGUCUAUGAUCAGCUCGUAGAAUCCAUUGACAAGGAUGAUCGAAUUCAUAACGUAGUUCAUGAACAAUUAACUGCAAGGCUACUGGGAACUCAAAGAAUUCGAUUUGAAACUCUUGCUGUUGUAUCAAAAAUCAGUUCACCAAUUAGAUUAAACAUUCCAUUGUAUAUUUCAAAUUAUAAAAUUUCGCCAGAAUCGAGUUUCCUAAAAGUUCUAUUCUCAACCCAAAUUGAUCCAAAAUCUCAAAUUGAAUAUACCAUGAGCACGUCCAGUUUUGAAACUGGAAAAACCCUGGAAAAAUGUUCUAAUUUGGAGAAACACGUUCGAGAACUCUUCCCAAAACGCAUAUCUCGCCCUCUUGUUACUGAUUUGAAUUCUCAUUCAACAGUCUGUACUAGAUAUUUGAGACCUAUUGCCCCACCACAGAUUGUUAUGCAGGAAAAUGCGUCUAACUUACCACUGAUUUGCCGACUCGCAGCAAAGAUUGUGUCAGGAAUGCCACGCGUCGAUUCCACAUCUCACUCGGAUAUUUGGGGAAAUGUGUUUCAAUUGACAAGUAUUGCAGUUGGAGGAAUUGAAGAAAGAUCAACAUUACUUGGAUGUUGGCUUCUUCAUUUUAGACUUCCAGUUGCUAUUGUUCUAGGUGAAGCUCGCGGUGAGAAAACAGGCUUCGUUCUUACCGAACUAGAAGGAAAACAAGUCUUAAUUGAUCCAGACGAUGGACAUAUUUAUCCGAUUCUUGAUUCAAAUUGUGCUCUCGAAAAGAUAUACGGAGCAUUUGAUAACAAGAACUACUAUGCAAAUGUUCAAUCAUAUGAUCAGACUCCACAGAUUUCUUUGAAUUUGGAUAAAUAUACAAAUUGGAAACCUCUUUUCAAUGUAAACGAAGAACCAUUAGAAAGUAUUCAAACUGCCACAGUUCGGUAUUCAAAACUUCCAGAAGAUUGGAUAGUUGAACUUCGAAUAUCUUUGGAACGUGAAAUUAAGAUUCGAUUCGACGAAUCCCGAAAACACGCUAUUCCUCAAUGGCAUUUGGUUGCUGCUCGACAACUCCGAGAGAUUCUGGAAAAUCCACGUGGAAUAACUGAAAGUUCAGUAGAAGAGCGAAUUGUGAGAUUAAAAGAAGGUUAUGAACUAACAGUAAUUAUAAUCCGUGUGAACUAUUCUUCAAUGGAAGAGUGUGUACAUGAAGUACUAUCAAAUAGACUUCAAGACACUCCGGAUCUAAAUUCUCAAUUUGCAAUUGCAGUUAAUGUUAUUGACUUUUUUGCUCAUGUUAUACAAAUCGAUAUUGCUCUGGCUGUUCUUAAACCAAAAAGGUAGAAUUUGAACUUAUAACUACAUAUAUACAUUUAAAAUUUGCAAAUUAAUAAAUUGUUUCCACUCAAAUU